GCAUCGGUGUUGACAGUGAUUCCAUCAAUGGGGGCGAUUCGAGUGUCAGCAGCAAGUUUGUAGACAGUGAACAAUUUCAGAGGUAAGCAACUACAGGUUCCCUGGAAAUGGAUGUUUUCUUUUCUUUCAUAUCUUAGCUUCUACUUGGGUUCUUGUAAUCAUAUAUCAAUCAUCCCUGUUGUGGCUGCUACUUGGGUUUGGUCAACCCGAAAACUGAUUGACCCAAAUCGAGUUUCAGGACAGGUGCCAAGGCCCUUGGCUCAUAUUCGGGUUAGAAAACGCAGACCCAACUUGAAAUCAGGUUUGUUUCAGGAAAAGGUUGGAUUUGGAAUAAUCAUGUGUAUUUGGGUAGAAUUGGUUCAGUACGGAGGAUUUUGCAUUGGCUUCAGUUUGGGCAUCUUAGUUCAGUACAGAGGAUUUUGCAUUGGCUUCAGUUUUGCUGGUGUUAUCAUUGGAAAAGGAGGGGUGAAUUCAAAGCAGAUAGUUCGCCUCACAGGUGCCAAACUUGCCAUCCGGAAGCAUGAGACAGACCCCAGCCUGAGGAACAUCGAGCUUGAGGGGACCUUUGAUCAGAUCAAGCAGGCAAGUGCCAUGGUGCGUGAGCUUAUUGUUAACAUCAGCUCGGCUGCAGCUCCAGCUACCCCAGCUAGUAAUUACAAGACGAAGCUGUGUGAGAACUUUGCAAAGGGAUCGUGCACGUUUGGGGAAUGGUGCCACUUAGCACAUGGUGCAAGUGAUUUGCGCAAGUCCUCAGUGCCAAGAUCUAUGGUUGGAUGACCAUCUAAUCUUUCACUUAAUGGACUGGAGUAAUGACAUGUCGCUGCUGAACUUAAAUGUUGGAAAUUUUGAAUGCGGGGCAGCAGGUGAAUGGCCUGUUCCUCUGCUGAGAUUGGCUUCUCCCUUUGCUGGGAGGGGUUGGAUCAACUUGUGAACAGUAGAUUGGUACCUCCCAUGCAGCUUCAAAAGAAGGCGGCUCAGGCCUGCCUUGACUACCAUCCUAGAUGUUGCAUAACAUCAUGCUGUCAUUUGUGGUUCAGUGUUUGCUAUAUGAAGAUUGGCCCAUAUGGAUUAAAGUUCGUAUAUAGA